AUGCUCACCACAGCGAUGUUACUGCUGGUACUCAUACUGCUAUUGCUAUACUUGAGCUGCCAAAAACCGAAAGGAUACCCACCAGGUCCAAAAUGGUGGCCCAUUCUCGGCUGUGCGUUGGAAAUAGCGCGCAUCCGCCAGGAAACUGGAUAUCUCUCCAAGACCUGCUCAGCGCUUUGUAAGAAAUACGGUUCUGUGGUUGGCCUGAAGAUCGGUCAGGACCGCAUCGUUAUUCUGAACGAUCUGGAGAGCACACGGGCGAUGCUGACCAACGAAGAUUGCGACGGCAGACCAGAUACAUCCUUUUUCAGGGCCAGAACUUGGGGCGUAAGACAAGGUCUCAUUGUAGUGGAUGAUAGAUUAUGGGUGGAGCAACGGCGAUUCGUCUUGCGACACCUGCGAGAAUUUGGCUUUGGUCGCACCAGCAUGGUCACGAUAAUCGAGGAUGAAGGGUUGAAGCUGGUAGAACACUUCAAGAAGAUACUUCAAAACGGCUAUAAUUACAACAUUGCUGACGUACGAAAAAUGACGACUAUAAAUAACAACAAUAGUAUCGGCCAGAUAUACAAACUGCAGAAGGAUCCGAAGAACAAACUGAACAGGGUGAAGCUGUACGACGAAUUCAAUAUAAUCAAGAACAGAAUUCCUAAUCGUAAACCUCGCACAGUGGCGGAUUUGUACAUGAAAGCCGAAGACUAUGCAGAAGUCAGAAAAGUCUCCCAAUCUGCGGGAAUGAUCAUAUCUAUGAACGAUGCCUUUGGCGUGACUGUGUUGAACACCCUUUGGAGAAUGAUGGCUGGCAGAAGGUACGAUACCGGUGAUAAGGAACUCACGCACUUGCAGCAAAUCCUCACAAAGCUUCUGAAAGACAUUGACAUAAUCGGCGCACCUUUCAGUCACUUUCCAUUGUUACGUUUCAUCGCGCCGGAAAUGUCCGGUUACAAAGCGUUUGUAGAAACACAUCAAGAACUGUGGGCAUUUGUAAAAGAGGAAUUGUAUAAUCAUAAAAACACAUUUUUAUCAAAUGCUCCAAGAGACUUGAUGGACGUCUACCUAACUGUGCUGAAUUCGAAAGAUUGCAGCGAUACAUUUUCAGAAUCCCAGCUAUUGGCGAUCUGUGUAGACCUUUUCAUAGCAGGCUCCGAGACAACUUCCAAGGCACUUAGCUUUGGAUUUUUAAAUCUAAUACUAUACCCGCAGGUUCAGAGGAAGGCGCACGAAGAAAUAGAUAGAGUUAUCGGUCGUGACAGAUUCCCCACGUUAGCCGACAAACCAAGAAUGCCGUAUGUUCAAGCCAUUGUUCUGGAGUCUAUAAGAGUAUUCGUGGGCCGUACUUUGAAUGUCCCGCAUAGAGCAUUAAGAGACACUUCCAUCAUGGGUCACAAGAUACCAAAGGACACAAUGCUCGUUGUAAACUACAAUAAAUUACUCAUGGACGAAUCCUGGGACGACCCGGAAGAUUUCCGACCAGAGAGAUUCCUCGACAACGACGGUAAUAUCAUGACGCCAGAAGAAUAUUUUCCAUUCAGCAUCGGCAGACAUCGUUGCAUGGGAGAGGUAUUAGCUAGAAGCAAUAUUUUCUUCAUAACCGCCACACUGCUACACGCGUUCAGCUUCUCAGUGGUGCCCGGUGAGCCACGACCGUCCGCGCAAGACUAUGUGGACGGUGUCACGGCUGGUCCUAAACCAUACAGGGCGUUGGUCUCUCUGAGAAUAUAA